GACUCAAAAUCAAACGAAAACUAAAACGAAACCAGUUUUUAUAUAUACUUUACAUACACUUCCCUCCCCCCUUCUCUCUCUCUCCCUCUCCCUCUCCCUCUUUCUAUCCAUUUCUCGCCUUUAAAAAUCUUCUUCUCUCUGCUACAGUGUCCUUGUCUGCAAAUUUUCAAAACCCUAGGCCCUUCCCUUUCCCAAUUAUCUUUUUAGCUGUUUAAUGUAAUUUAAUUUAAUUUAAUUUCUUCUUCUUCUUCUUCUUCUUUGCCACUUCUCAGAUUCCAUUUUUAAGUUAGGGUUUUGAUAAACAUUUUUGUUAAUUAGAUUCUUUUGCUUCUUCAAUUUCUUGGAUCUGGUCAUGGACACUAAAGAUUCGUCUUCUUCGCCGACCGUCGCCGCUAAUCGAGACUCGAGCACCACUGCCACCACUCCGGCCGCCGCCGCCUCCGGUUCCUCAUCAUCGAUUACUGAAGAUGACGCUGUUCUUUCUGUAAACGCUGCUCUUGCUAAGGAUGCUUCAUUGCAUUUUCAGUCUCGUCGUUUUGUUGAGUGCCUUGCCGUUUUGUAUCAGCUUAAACAAAAGAAAGAAGACGAUCCAAAAGUUCUUCAUAAUAUUGCUAUUGCGGAAUACUUUCGCGAUGGUUGUUCGGACCCAAAGAAGCUGCUUGAUGUACUUAAUAAUGUUAAGAAGAAAAGCGAACAGCUUGCUCAAGCUUCUGGAGAACAAGUUGAGGCUGCGAACAGUGCUGUAAAUAAAGCAACUCAGGGAUCUAAAGGAAGUGGAGCAACAUCACAUCAGUUUUCUGCUGCAAAUGGUGGGACUCUUGUUUACAUGGAUGAAUUUGACCCUGCUGUGGCAACAUUAAAUAUCGCAAUUAUUUGGUUUCAUCUUCAUGAAUACACGAAGGCGUUGUCUGUUCUAGAACCCUUGUAUCACAAUAUUGAACCUAUUGACGAGACAACUGCGCUGCAUGUCUGCCUUUUGUUGCUGGAUGUGGCACUUGCCUGCCAGGAUGCAUCAAAAUCUGCUGAUGUACUGAUUUAUCUAGAAAAAGCUUUUGGUGUUGGUGGUGUGGGUCAAGGUGAUGGAAGCACAGCACAACAGCAAUCUGCAAAUCUAGUUGCAAAAUCUACCUCUGUUCCAAGCAGUUCAUCAGUCGUGGAUGCUUCCAGUUCUGAUUUAGCAACUAGUGGGAAUGGCUUGGAAAAUUCCUUAUCAAGAACUUUAUCAUUAUCAGAGGAGACACUCGAGUAUGAAACCAUGUUUUCACUUGAGAUAAGUGGACAGAACUUGACGAGACCAUCAGCCCUCUCAUCUGCAAAUGAUCUUUCUAGGGCCCAAGUCGAUAGAACUAUGUCUUCAAUUGAUCUGAAGCUUAAGUUGCAGCUUUAUAAGGUACGCUUUCUGCUUCUCACAAGGAAUUUAAAACAAGCAAAACGUGAAGUUAAGCUUGCUAUGAACAUUGCACGUGGUAGAGAUUCGUCCACAGCUCUUCUCUUGAAGGCUCAGCUUGAAUAUGCUCGUGGGAAUCAUCGCAAAGCCAUCAAAUUGCUGAUGGCAUCUAGUAAUCGGACAGAGAUGGGAGUUUCAAGCAUGUUCAACAACCUUGGUUGCAUAUAUUUUCAGCUGGGAAAGUACCAUUCAUCGUCUGUUCUCUUUUCCAAGGCCUUAACUAGCAGUUCAUCUCUUCGGAAAGAUAAACCUCUGAAGAUGCUUACUUUCUCACAAGACAAGUCUCUUCUCAUCAUGUACAAUUGUGGCAUACAGCACUUGGUUUGUGGGAAACCCUUUCUGGCUGCUCGCUUUUUCCAAAAAGCAAGUUUAAUUUUUUAUAAUGUUCCUAUCUUGUGGCUCCGGCUUGCUGAAUGCUGUCUGAUGGCUUUAGAUAAGGGACUUAUAAAAGCUGCGGACAAAUCAGAAAUUGUUGUUCAUGUUAUAGGCAAGGGAAAAUGGAGGCAUCUUGCUAUAGAUAAUGGAAAGCCAAGAAAUGGAUAUGCAGAUUCUAUUGGAAGGGAAGACCUGUUUUUGGACAGUAAUGGGCAUCCUAAACUCUCUUUGUCCCUUGCUCGGCAAUGUCUCCUGAAUGCUCUGCAUUUGUUGGACAGUUGUGAUAUAAACCAUUUGAAGUCUACUUUGCCUUCUAGUAUCUCCUUGGAGGAAAACGAAUCAAGUGAUGCAGGAUCUCUCAAAAACUCAAAUCACAAGAGUUUAACUGGCCACGAUACCAGAGCAUCUAAUGUAUCUGUGGGCUUAGGUCAGCUUAACUCAAAUGGUGAUGUAAAAGAGCCAAAAGGAGGGACAAGUCAGGAGAUUAUGCAGAACUCUAUCUCUUACUUUGAAGAUAUUCAUAGGAGAGAGAAUCAAAUGAUUAAGCAAGCUCUUCUUGCUGACUUGGCAUAUGUAGAGUUGGAACUGGAAAAUCCUGAAAAGGCCUUGUCUGCUGCGAAGUGUCUUCUUGAGCUUCCAGAAUGCUCAAGAAUUUAUGUUUUCCUGAGUCAUGUGUAUGCAGCAGAGGCCCUCUGCGUGCUGAACAAGCCAAAAGAAGCAGCUGAAUACUUGUCAAUUUAUAUGUCAGGAGGAAAUAAUGUUGAGUUGCCAUUCAGCCAGGAAGACACUGAGCAAUUGCGAGCGGAGAAAAGUUAUGAUUAUGAAGAAUCCAAUGGAGGAUCGGCUACUGCCAAGAGCUCUUCCGUGGAGGAACCACAAGGUAUGGAGUUCCUCAAGCCAGAAGAGGCUAGAGGUAUCCUUUACACCAAUUUUGCGACCAUGUAUGCAGCACAAGGUGAGAUCGAGCGGGCACACCAUUUUGUAUCACAAGCAUUGUCCCUUGUACCUGACAGUCCAGAGGCCACUUUGACAGCAGUUUAUGUGGAUCUUAUACUUGGCCGGUCACAAGCGGCGAUUGCCAAGUUAAAACAAUGUAGUCGAGUCAGGUUCCUUCCAAGCCGUGUACAAUUGAAUAAAUUUUGAUGGUUGUAUCAGUGGCUUCCAAUUCUUGUGUUUGGCUCAACUUCAGUGUUAGUUAGUGGGUAGAUCAGCGAUCCUUUUGAUAUAGGAUUUGUAACAUAUAUAUAGUUCAGUUCAGAGAAUAAAUUUUCUGUUUCUUUUCUUUUUUUCUUUUUCUUUUUCUUUCUUUGAUUUUUCAUAUUUAGGGGUCGAUCAAUCGGUGUGGCAGAGUGUUUUGGUUAGAGCGGAUGCCCACCUUUCAAAUUUAUGUUGUGCUCUUCUUGCUAUUGAAAACGGAAGGAAAGAAAUUAUUCAUCAA